AUGUCUCUCAACGUUCUCGCCAUCGGAGCUUCUCGAAACAUUGGAUACUAUUCCUGUAUACGCUUCCUAGAUGCUGGAGCUACUGUCACUUUCCUGCUCCGUUCACCGAAAGCAUUCGACAACGAUGAAGUGAUUCAGAAAUAUUUCAAAUCCGGGAAGGCUUGCCUCGUCAAAGGCGACGCUCUAGUAGAAGAUGAUGUCAAAAACGCAUGGAGUGAAGCAACAAAAUUCGGCAACGUCGGUCUUCUUCUCUGCACAGUUGGUGGAACACCAAGCCUCUCACUUACCAAAGGCUUCAUAAUCAAACCAGCAAACCUAGUGACACAAGCUCUCAUGAACGCUCUCGUCACCAUGCCCAAAACAGAGCCACAACCUCGCGUAAUCACCAUCUCAUCCAUAGGCCUCACCAAAUCGUCCCAUGCCGCGGUACCCGUGCUAAUGAAACCCCUAUACGGACACUUCCUAGAAGUCCCUCACAAAGACAAACUAGGCUCCGAGCGCGUCCUAUUUCACUGCGCCGGCUGGGAAUGGAACGCGAAAGAUGACGGGGAACCCAGUGACGAGAUAAUGGGCGCUAAUUGGAAGCAGCGAGAAGGCCUUCCCGCACCUGGAUCGUUGAAGAGCGCUCUUGUUAUCCGACCAGCACUUCUGACGGACGGCGAAUGUGAGGCUGAGAAUCCGAAGAAGAAGGGAUACAGGGCAUCGGAUGAGGAAAUCACAGGCUACACCGUCUCGAGAAAAGAUGUGGCCCAUUUCAUCGCUGAUGCAGUACUGAACAAAUGGAGCCAAUACGAAAACAAAGUCAUCAAUAUCGCAUACUAA